AUGGCACGCAUCGUAAUCACAGGCUCCUCAGACGGCAUCGGCGCAGCAGCUGCCAGGCUUCUCAUAACACAAGGCCAUACGGUCACCCUCCACGCUCGCAACGAGAAACGAGGAGAAGAUGCCCGGGCCGCUGUACCUGGUGCCAAAGAUAUUCUCAUAGGUGACUUGACCACCAUCGCAGGGACCAAGGACCUUGCGAGUAAAGCCAAGGCUGCUGGACCGUGGGAUACCGUAGUCCACAAUGCCGGCCUCGGACCCUCGAACUCGGAUACCAAGACAGCAGAUGGCUUCGCCUCGACGUUCGCCGUGAACAGCCUUGCGCCUUAUAUCCUGACCUGCCUGAUGGACAAGCCGAAAAGACUCCUCUACCUCUCCUCUGGCCUGCACUCUGGUGGCGACGACAGCUUGAAGGACGUGACAUGGCAACAGCGAUCCUUCUCUCCCUUCCAAGCCUACGGCGACUCCAAACUCCACGACAUCCUCCUCGCGAACGCAGUUGCACGCAAAUGGCCGGACGUCCAAUCCUGCUCUUUGGAUCCGGGUUGGGUGCAGACUAAGAUGGGUGGAGGUGGGGCACCGGGGAGUGUCGAUGCGCCGGCGAAGGCUAUUGCGGAUUUUGCUAGUGGGGAGCGGAGGAUCUCGGGGGAGGAGAGCGGCGUUUAUCUUGGCGUGGGCGGGCCUAAGAGCCCGCACAAGGCGGCCGGGGAUGUGAAGAAGCAGGAUCAGUUUAUUGGGAUUUGUGAGGAGUUGAGUGGCGUCAACUUGAAUUGA